AUGGAUUUAAAGACCUUGCUGGACAAUCUUCAUGAUGAAGUAUCUUGUUCUGUGUGUAUGUGUACAUUCACUGAUCCAAAGCAGUUGCCUUGUUUGCACAGUUUCUGUCUUCACUGCCUGAACGGUAUUCAACGAACGAGCGGCAUCCAUGGCAAAAUUACAUGCCCCGAGUGCAGAAGACAGUUUCAAAUCUCUGGAAGUGGAAAUCCUAGCGAGCUUCCCACCAAUUUUCGUAUCAACAGUUUGCUAGAUGUCUUGGCAAUAAAAGAGUGCAGUACAGCUAACGUGAAAUGCGGAAACUGCAACGAACGUAGCGCACAGACCUUAUAUUGCUUCCAGUGUUGUUCUUUCUGGUGCGAAGAAUGUAUUUUAGCACAUAACAUAAUACGCACCAAAAAAGAACACAGAACGCUGGCACUGAAAGAUUUUCAAGAUCAAGACAUCGAAGCUGUGUUAAUGAGACCUGCAUUUUGUCGAGAGAAACGACAUGAAAAAGAAGAGCUGAAAAUCUUUUGCAAGGACUGUAAAGUCGCCAUUUGUAACACUUGUGCUGUCACACACCAUGAAGGUCAUGGAAAGAUGCUUUUGGAAGAAGCUACCGAUGCUCGCAAGACUCAGAUCAACUCCAUGACUCAAUCUUUAAUAGAAAAAGCACAAGAAAAACGAAAGGAACUCGAGCAAUUCAACCAAAAGAGAACGGACAUGGAGCUGCAAGUAGCCGACUUUAAAAACCAAGUGCAGACACAUAUAGAUCAAGUUAUUGCAAUCAUCGAAGCGAGGAAACAGGAUGUUUUUGAUGCAGUGGAUGAUCAAGCGAAAAAAUCACUGGAAUCUCUCUCACAGAAAAAAGACCAAGUUGAAAAUCAAGUGAAAUUAAUUGAAUCGGCAAUUGAACAAACUAAAGCUCUUGUGAAGCGAAGCUUUAGUAUUGAAAUCCUUGGAUUCAGUGAAACAUUUGAUUCAAUCCUUCAGGAACAGAGCACCCAAGGAAACCCUGACACUGAAUGUAUUCCUCGGUUUAGUUUCACUAAAAGUGAAAAACUGAUUAACGUAUUGAACAGUGAAGGGGUAGGUAAUGUAAAAAUUGUUUUAAGUGAAACUGAAGCUCAACAAUCAGAAGCGAAAGGUAAAGAAAGUAGUAAAGUAAUUGCUGGAAAUAAAGGGGCAAAUGACACUCCUUUUGAGGCUCAGGUACAAACCAAGCGCUUCAGAUCUGUGUUGUCAUUUGGACAAUACGGUGAGUCUGUUGGAAAGCUUGAAGGGCCCUGGGGUGUGGCAGUGAAUGAUCAUGAUGAAAUCGCUGUGACUGAGCUCGGUAACAAUAGGGUUUCAUUAUUUAGUAGUGACGGUACCCACUUAAGAUCGUUUGGUAGGGAGGGUAAGAAUAAUAGUGAUUUUGAUUGCCCUAAAGGAAUCGCUUUUGAUAGUCUUGGCAAUAUUGUAGUGGCAGACUGUAAUAACCACAGGGUGCAAGUCUUUGAUAGGAAUGGUAACUUUCUUAGUAAGUUUGGUGAUCACCGGCUUAUCUUUCCUGAAGGUUUAUCAAUAAACGGCAACGGUGAUAUUAUUGUUGCUGAUUUGGGUAACAAAUUAAUCAAGGUAUUCUCUUCUGGUGGAAAGUAU